AUGCUUUCUUGAAAAGAAAGAUAACAAGAAAAGCUUCAAAACCCUCUUUCAGAUCCCUCAUUUUCUUCAUCCACACACAAGCAAAUCAAAUCAAUCAUGGGUCAGGGAACUCCCGGCGGUAUGAACCGGCAAGGUAUGCCAGGCGAUCGAAAGAACGAUGGCGAGAAGAAGGAGAAGAAAUUUGAGCCAGCAGCACCGCCGGCUCGUGUUGGACGAAAACAGCGGAAGCAGAAGGGACCAGAAGCAGCGGCUAGGUUACCCACGGUGACGCCACAUUCAAAGUGUAGGCUAAGGCUCUUAAAGCUUGAGCGAAUUAAAGAUUACUUGUUGAUGGAAGAGGAGUUUGUGGCUAAUCAGGAGAGGUUGAAGCCUCAGGAAGAGAAGACUGAAGAAGAUAGGUCAAAGGUCGACGAUCUUCGUGGAUCUCCGAUGAGUGUUGGAAACCUCGAGGAGCUUAUUGACGAGAAUCACGCUAUUGUAUCGUCAUCAGUCGGACCGGAGUAUUACGUUGGUAUUUUGUCGUUUGUCGAUAAGGAUCAGCUUGAGCCAGGAUGUGCAAUCUUGAUGCACAAUAAGGUUCUUUCUGUUGUUGGUCUUCUUCAAGACGAUGUGGAUCCCAUGGUGUCUGUGAUGAAAGUUGAGAAGGCUCCUUUGGAGUCUUAUGCUGACAUUGGUGGACUAGAUGCCCAGAUACAAGAAAUCAAGGAGGCAGUGGAGCUCCCUCUGACUCACCCUGAAUUAUACGAGGACAUCGGUAUCAAGCCUCCAAAGGGAGUCAUACUCUAUGGAGAGCCUGGAACAGGCAAGACAUUGCUUGCAAAGGCAGUGGCAAACUCCACAUCAGCAACUUUCUUACGUGUUGUUGGAAGUGAGUUGAUUCAGAAGUACCUUGGAGAUGGUCCUAAGUUGGUGAGAGAACUUUUCAGAGUUGCUGAUGACCUCUCCCCAUCUAUCGUCUUCAUUGAUGAAAUCGAUGCUGUUGGAACAAAGAGGUAUGAUGCCCAUUCUGGAGGUGAACGUGAAAUUCAGAGGACUAUGUUGGAGUUGUUGAAUCAGUUGGAUGGAUUUGAUUCAAGAGGUGAUGUGAAAGUGAUACUUGCCACUAAUAAAAUUGAAAGUCUUGAUCCUGCUUUGCUUCGACCUGGACGUAUAGAUAGGAAGAUUGAGUUUCCACUUCCUGACAUCAAAACAAGGAGGCGUAUAUUCCAGAUACACACAUCAAGAAUGACACUAUCAGAUGAUGUGAACUUGGAGGAAUUUGUGAUGACAAAAGAUGAGUUCUCGGGGGCUGAUAUCAAGGCUAUUUGCACUGAGGCUGGAUUGCUUGCUCUAAGAGAACGUCGAAUGAAGGUGACACAUCCAGAUUUUAAGAAGGCCAAGGACAAGGUUAUGUUCAAGAAGAAAGAAGGUGUUCCAGAAGGGCUCUAUAUGUGAGGAAAACAUACACCUCUUAUAUUUGGACAUAUGAUCCUGGCCUUGUUGUUUGUUUUUCACCCAGACUUCAUUUACAGUUGGUUAGGAAAGCUUUAUGACAUACAUGCUUGUGUAAGUGUUUGUUGCUCCUCAUUUCCUGGGAGUAUUUAACUAUGUUAUUAUCUUGUCUUGGUCGGUAGAAAAUCAUCCAACACUUUUUUCUUC